ACAGCCUUCGUCACCAUAGGAACAACCUUCCUUUCUUCCCGGCAAUGGUGAUCACUCGAGGCGGGAGGAUGGUUCAUCUAAAAUUUUAGUUUGGCCGGCGAGAUGAGUAUUAAAAGAAAUGGAUGAAGAAAUUGCAUAAGCGUUGAUCAUAAUUUUCUAGUGCUCUCUAGAUUUUGGAAUUGCACCGUUGGAUUGGAAAAUUGCAGAUUUCACUCUUGUUUAAGAUGGGAGGGAGAAACCAGUGAAAGCAAGCUGAAUACAUUAGUGCAGAAGCUUCAUGAAUAUCUGGCUCAAUCAACAGAACAAGGUGAAGAAACCCUGUCCUCUCCAAAGCUGUGUCUAAAUCAGUUUUCAGGUAAAGGGAGCACAACUGUAAUUUCCACUUCACAUAUGGAGGAUAAAGAGGCCUCCAGUCAAAAAUCGAAGUCUUCGGGAUCAUCCCGUUCAAGAAGGAAGCCCUCGUUUGUGACAAAACACAUUGUAUCAGAUGAUGAAAUGUCGAAUGAGAACACUUCUGAUUGUGAAAAAUUGACUUCAAAGACUGAGGACACAAAUGAUUUAGAUGUGAAUAGUCUGCCCAAAGGCACAAUAGUUGUACAGCCUGAACCAGUAUGGAAUGAAGACAAAGAUAAUUUUCGAGGACCUGAAUUUAGAAGCAAAAAUUCUAAGAACAAAAUGGAAACAUCUAAGAAACGUGGAGAUGAGAAUCUACAUGGAAUAGUCAGCUGCACUGCUUGUGGGCAGCAAGUAAACCAUUUUCACAAGGAUUCAGUCCAGCGGCAUCCAGCACUGAAAGUUCUCAUUUGUAGGAGUUGCCAUAAGUACUACAUGAGUGAUGAUAUUAGUCGAGAUGCAGAUGGUAUGGAUGAGCAGUGCAGAUGGUGUGCUGAAGGUGGAAAUCUAAUUUGUUGUGAUUUUUGUCACAAUGCAUUUUGCAAAAGUUGCAUCUUGCGAAACCUGGGUAGGAAGGAACUAUCCAAUAUAAUGGAUGAAAACAAAAAAUGGUACUGCUAUGUAUGUAAUCCAGAGCCUUUACUGGAUUUGGUCACUGCAUGUGACAGUGUAUUUGAGUGUCUUGAUCAGCUGUGGCAACAAAACAGAAAGAGAAGAGACUUUGAUAAAUUUAAAUUGGACAGUGAUAAAUGCAAAUCCCCAGGUCCUCAUGACAGUGACAAAUCUGUGGAUCAUGAGUAUAAAAACACUCAGAGAAUUUCUAGUAAAGAUUGCAAUGGACAGGACAAAGAUGCAGGCUCAUUAACAGCUCUUUCUCCAGGCUCGGGAAACAUUAUGUAUUCUUAUAAGGCAUUAAAAGUGCCGAAAGAAAUUCUGAAGAAAGCUCGCAAACUAAUUGAUACAACAGCCAACUUGAAUAUUAGUUUUGUUAAUUUCUUAAAACAAAAAGAUUUGAAUGAGUCUGAGCCUAAUGUAAACAUGAGACAGCUGAGAGCUUUUAAGUCUGUGCUUGGAGAUCUAAAGAAAGUACAUCUUGCAUUGGAAGAAGUUGUAGAUAAAGAGAUUCAGGAUUUGGAAAUGGAACAAAAUAAGAAACAUACUGAAUCCUUACAAGAAUGUGUUAAAAAAUUUGAGGUACUGGAUUCCACUAACAAUGAAAAUUAUUUAUUACGCGAUGAGACAAUUGCAGAAAACUCUAUUGCAGCUGAAGAUGAAUCUGAUCAGAUGGAAGUGACAGGAGUGUCAAGUGAACCAGACAAGACCACUGAAGAACAAGAAAUCAUGUCAAUAGAACAAACUGAUCCAUUAGUACUGGAUUCAAGAAUGCUCAGGGCUGAGACUGAUUGUACAUCAAACGAUGAUCUUUUGGUCAAAAAUGAAGCUGUUGCUAAUAGUGAAAAUACAGGCCUUGAAUUAGAAUCAGAGAUGGCAGAUGCAACAUUGCUUAACAGUUUAGAUGAAGCUUUGGAUAUGGGAUCUGUUUCUUCACUGACUGAAGGUCUGUUUGGGACAACUGACUCAUUGCUACCAGAUCUGAUUACUGUGGAUAAUUCUGCAAGUAACAGCACACUGUUAGAUACUCCAUCAGCUAAGGCAGCUGCUGAAAGUCAGAAUAAUUCUGGAAAAUCCUCUGAGCUCGACUCUGAUUCUUCAACAAAGUGUGGACCUUUUAUAAAAUUGACCCCAGUUUCACUUAAGAGAUCUAAGAAAACUGUGCAUGGUGCAUGUAGGAAAAGACUAUUGAAGGAUAAAGCAGAUACUGCUGCUGAAGCAGUGGACAGUGGGAGUGAUGCUGCUGAGACAGAUAAUGGGAGUGAUGCUGCCGAGGCAGUGGCUAAUGGGAGUGAUGCUGCUGAGGCAGUGGAUAAUAGGAGCGAUGGAAACAAUGGACGUGCAGCGGAUUAUGAUGCAGAUAGUGCUGAUGACAAUGAUGGGGAUGGAGGUGAUGACGACGAUGCUGGGUUUGGAGAUGAUACCCAUGAUGAUGCAGGGGAUAGAGAAGGAGUCACUACUGCAGAGCAUACCAUUAAAGGCAAAAAAAGCGUGGAAAGCCCUCAAAAGGGCAGUGUAAAAAAUUCAAAGAAGAGGAAGAAAAAAUCUGAUGUAAUUGAAGAUCUUGAAAAUGAUCCUGUAAAUGAUACAUCUGUUCUGUCAGAGGACACUGAUACCAGACGAUCGCCUCGCAUAAAAACUACACCUCUGAGGCGCCCUGGUGGGGCAGGAAUUGUGAACUCCAGAUCGGAAGAAGACACUGAUAGUGCUGGUGGUGGUAAAAGACGUAGGAGAUCCAAAAGGGAAACUAAAGGCAAAGAAAAAGUUGACUUUUCAGGAAAAGUAAAGACUGGCCGAAAGGCCAGCAAAAGCCUGAAGUCUGAGGUGCAAGAAUCCGAUCCUGAUAAGUCAGAUGUACCACAUCAAGCUGGUGAGCAAUCUACCUCUGACUCUGAUGAAAUCCCUGAGGUACUGAAAAAGGCAGCAGUGAAGUGUGAAAGCUCAUCGGAUGUAGAUAACAAAGAUAGUGACACAUCCCAAAAAAUUAUUAAAAGGACAAGUCUGUUUGGUCUGAGAAAGCGAAUGCCUCAGGCUAGUAGUCUUAAACGGAAAAGGAAGUGCUCAUCUUCAAGCUCAGAUUUUGGUGGAAAGGAGAGAAAAAGAACCAGUAAAAGGAUUAAUGUUGCUAACAAAAAACGACAACAUCGUUCAGACUCUUCCAACUAUGAUUCUGAUCUAGAAAAGGAAAUAAAGAGCUUGAGUAAACUUAGUACAGCUAAAAAAUCAUCAAAGAAGACAAAAAAACAGAUAAAUGAGGACAAUGAGGAUGAUUCAUCCAAAGAUGAGAAAGUUACCACAAAUUCUGCUCAAGAAAAAACAGCAAAAUUAAAACGGAAGAAACGAGCUGUGGGAAAAAAGGAAAGCUCCUCUUCGUCAGAUGAAGAUGAAGCAACUGAACAAGGGGACAAGCAGGACUUGCCCGGAGAAGGCAGCAGUGAUGAACAAAAGAUACAGCCUAUCACGGAAAACAUUGUACUUGCUACAGGAUCAGGGUUUUGCCAGUCAUCAGGUGAUGAAGCAGAGGGCAAUUCAAAAAAUGCUCCCCAGUGUGCCAGUGAUGACUAUGACGAUGACCCUGAGAAUAGAAUUGCCAAGAAGAUGCUGCUAGCAGAAAUAAAUGCAAAUUUAUCAUCUAAUGAUGAUAAAUCUUCAGAGGAGGAAUCUGAAGAAGAAAGGAAGAAAUCGGACCAAAAAAAUGAAGUCGAGGAAGAAGAAGAAAAUGUAGAUGCGGAAGAGGAAGCUGAGGUGGAUUCUGAUUCUGAUUCUGACUUUGAAAUGACGAAGAAACCACGCUAUAGGCAUCGACUUUUGAGACACAAGCUCACAAUGAGCGAUGGUGAAUCUGGGGAUGAAAAGAAGGGAUCCAAAGUCAAAGAUGGAACAAAAGAAGGCACACGAAAGAGUAGAAGAAAAGUAAGUAGCAAUGAAAAUACUACUGAGCAGGAGAGUGACUCUGAUUUUCAGGAAUCUGAAUCAAGUGAGGAAGAGGAAAGUGAUUCUGAUGAUAAACGGAAGCGCCCGAGAACAAGAGCGUCUAAGAAAGAGGCAGAGGAAAAUCAACGUAGCUACCUACAGAAAAAGAAAAGACGGCGAAUUAAAGUCCAGGAAAACUCAUCAAGUGAUAAGCAGAGCAAUUCUGAAGAUGAGGGCGAUGGUGAUAGUGAUGAAAAUGACAAUGAUUCCAAAUCCCCUGGAAAAGGUCGGAAGAAGAUUAGGAAGAUUUUGAAAGAUGGCAAUUUACGUACAGAAACUCAAAAUGCUUUGAAAGAAGAGGAAGAUAGAAGAAAACGCAUUGCCGAUAGAGAAAAAGAGAGGGAAAAGUUGAGAGAGCAGGUGCAAGUGUCGGAAGGGGUGUCCCCAAUGCAAUGUCCGAUAACCACUAAACUGGUCCUUGAUGAAGAUAAGGAAACUAACGAAACCAUCGUCCAGGUCCAUAGAAAUUUGGUGAGGAAACUGAAACCUCAUCAAGUAGACGGUGUACAAUUCAUGUGGGAUUGUUGCUGUGAAUCAGUGAACAAAGCCAUGAAGGAAAACGGCUCUGGGUGCAUUUUGGCACACUGUAUGGGACUUGGAAAGACACUACAGGUCGUGACCUUCUUGCACACCAUGCUAUUGGCUGAGAAGUUAAACUUCAGUACUGCUUUAAUCGUUUGCCCGCUUAACACUGUUCUUAAUUGGAUCAAUGAAUUUGCCAAAUGGCAGGAAGGACUUGAUGACGACGAAAGUUUAGAGGUAAAUGAAUUAGCAACAGUUAAACGUCCUCAGGAACGGUCCUACAUGCUUGAAAGAUGGAUGGAAGAUGGGGGUGUCAUGAUCCUAGGUUAUGAAAUGUACCGUAAUCUUGCACAAGGCAGGAAUGUGAAAAGCAGGAAGCUGAAAGAAAUAUUCCAGAAGACUUUAGUAGAUCCUGGUCCAGACUUCGUUGUGUGUGAUGAAGGCCAUGUACUUAAAAAUGAAGCUUCAGCAAUAUCAAGGGCAAUGAAUUCCAUUAGAACAAAACGGAGGAUUAUUCUCACUGGAACACCAUUACAAAAUAAUCUAGUAGAAUAUCACUGUAUGGUGAAUUUCAUUAAAGAGAACCUCCUUGGUUCAAUAAAGGAAUUCAGAAACCGAUUCAUGAAUCCCAUUCAAAAUGGCCAGUGUGCGGACUCCACUUUGGUGGAUGUGCGAGUCAUGAAGAAACGAGCCCACAUCUUAUAUGAAAUGUUAGCAGGCUGUGUGCAGCGAAAGGAUUAUACUGCACUUACAAAAUUCUUGCCUCCAAAACACGAGUAUGUUCUUGCUGUGAGAAUGAUGCCAAUCCAGUGCAAACUUUAUCAGUACUACCUUGAUCAUUUUACAGGUGUGGGUACUAGUAAUGAAGGUGGAAGGGGGAAAACAGGAACAAGACUCUUUCAAGAUUUUCAGAUGCUGAGUAGGAUAUGGACCCACCCUUGGUGCCUACAGUUGGACUACAUCAGUAAAGAAAACAAGGGAUACUUUGAUGAGGACAGUAUGGAUGAAUUCAUUGCAUCAGAUUCAGAUGAAACUUCGAUGAGUCUUUCCUCUGAAGAUGAGAAAAGGAAAAAGAAAAAAAAGGGUGGAAAGAAAGAUGAAAGCAGCUCGAAGGAGAGUGGCAGUGACAAUGAUGUUGAAGUGAUCAAAGUCUGGAAUUCAAGGUCGCGUGGUGGAGGAGAAGCAAGUACAGAAGACAAACCUGCAGACCCCAUUGUUGCAAAAGCAGAUGAUGCAGUGAAGCCAUCCGCUGGUUCCAACCCGGGUAGCCCUGCUGCCGAUUGGUACAAAGAGUUCAUCACAGAUGCUGAUGCAGAAGUAUUGCAGCAUUCUGGGAAAAUGUCCCUUUUGUUUGAAAUUUUGUAUAUGUCUGAAGCAAUUGGAGAAAAAGUACUUGUUUUCAGCCAGUCCCUCAUAUCAUUGGAUUUAAUAGAAGAUUUUCUGGAGAUGGCAAACAGAGAAAAGUCAGAAAACAAAUCUGAAAUUUAUAAAGGUACUGGGAAAUGGUACAGAAAUGUAGAUUAUUAUCGAAUGGAUGGUUCUACAAGUGCGCAGACAAGAAAAAAAUGGGCUGAAGAGUUCAAUGAUGAGAGUAAUGUCAGGGGCCGUCUGUUCAUCAUUUCCACCAAAGCGGGAUCUCUGGGAAUUAAUCUGGUAGCUGCCAACCGUGUUAUCAUUUUUGAUGCAUCCUGGAAUCCUUCCUAUGAUAUCCAAAGCAUCUUUCGUGUUUACCGUUUUGGACAGAUAAAGCCAGUCUUUGUCUACAGGUUCUUGGCUCAGGGAACCAUGGAGGAAAAGAUUUAUGAUCGACAGGUAACAAAGCAGUCACUAUCAUACCGUGUAGUUGACCAGCAACAGAUUGAGCGUCACUUCACAAUGAAUGAAUUGACUGAACUCUACACUUUUGAGCCAGAUCAGCUGGAUGAUCCAAAUUCUGAAAAGAAAAAGAAGAGAGAUACUCCUCUGCUGCCAAAGGAUCACAUUUUAGCAGAGAUACUUCAAAACCAGAAAGAUUACAUUGUGGGUUACCAUGAGCAUGACUCUCUUUUGGACCACAAGGAGGAGGAAGAGCUUAGUGAGGAGGAUAGAAAAGCAGCAUGGGCCGAAUAUGAAGCGGAAAAGAAGGGUCUUUCCUUGCGAACUAAUGUCGCAACUGGGAUUAAUUUCCCUGCUGCCAAUUUCACUUUGCAGGCUGCACAUUUUCCUUUCAACAUAGCAACAUUGUCCACCAUGAGUAAUCAACAGCUGGAGGAUCUUAUCAACCAAGGCAGAGAGAAGGUGGUAGAAGCCAGUACCAGUAUAGCAGGUGCGAGAACAGAGGCUCUUGAAGACCUGAUUGCACAAGUGUGGAAAGAGAAUCCCAACCUGACAGAAGAGCAGGUUCAAGCAGUGUCACUGAACAAACAAGCAAGCCAAGAACUGGAAAUAAAACGCAGAGAAGCUAUGUACAAUGACAUCCUUUCAAAGCAACAACUGUUGAUAAGAUCUGUACAACAGAUAUUAAUGAGCCGAAGACAGCAACAGUUCAACCAGAUGGCAGUUCAACAGCAGCAGUAUCCAGUGAACUCACUUUUAAACCAAUUUAUGCCUUCAAGAAAUCCUGGCCCAAUGAUGACCUAUCCACACAUAGGUUUAAGAGGACUGCCAAUGUAUCCACAAACUGCACCCGGUAUGCGGCCUCCUCCUUUGCAACGGGCACCACCUGCACCCAUGCAGAUGAUGGGACAGUCUCCUGGCCCACCACAGCUCAAACAAGGAAUAAAAAAUUCAAAGAAGUAGUCAUCACUCAAGAGAUUAUAGAAAUGUAGUAUUGUGCCUUUGCUAUGGUAGCAAGCACAUUUCUGAACUGAAAAAGAAAAGCUUCAAGUGACCAAUUUAUAACUGUGUAAACUGCAGUUGGGACACUAAUUAAGUGCAUAGAAUCGUGCUGAGAUCAUCAGAGGUAAUAUUGUCAUAGGAGAUUCCAAGGAAUCUUUAAACAUUGUAUAUAGCCUUAAUAAAUAUGUGACUGGUAAGGAAGAGAACCAAUUUUCUUCCAAGUUUUGUUUCCUCUCUGCCAACUACUUUGUUAAAUUCUGAUGUACCUGAAAAUUUUAAAAAGUUUUUGAGGUGAGAAGUUGAGUGUCCCGGACUCGUCGACUAACAAACAUAAUUUAAGAGAUGUAGUCUUUGCCAUGUACUUCAUGUGCUUCAGGAAUAAGCCCAGUUGAUAAAGGGACAAAUCAGUAAUGUUGCCCCUUCAAAGCAUUUUUUUUGUGAUAGCUUCGCUCUAUAAUCUCAACAAUCUAACAAAUCAGUUCUUUUCCCCCUCAUUUGGUAGUUAAGUUCUUCCUCUCUUGUUCCUAAAGAGAACGAUUUUCAGAACUCCUGAAAUUUGAAGAGUAAGUUUGAGAUGAUACCAUACACCAUUAUCUGGAGGACUCAUUUGGUACCAGCUAGUUAUGAAUGUUGGUCUUGUAUGCCUGAAUUAACUCCUUGAGUUUUAGUAGGAAUUGAUUAAGUUCAUCCCUUUGAAACCCAUCUGUGUAAAGCAUUGAUGUACCAACAGUUUUUUUCUCUCUGCCUCCGUAGUGUAGUUUAAGAAGUGAUUUUUAAAUUUGAACCCAGUUUGCCAAUCAAUCCUAUUAAAAUGAGCUGAAUUUCAGUAUGUGCUAGACAUUAGUUGAAGUCGAGAUGCUCCUUGCAUAUUUUUAACUGAAGGUGAAAUGUAUAGCUUCCAAUGGUGAUCUGCUACGAGAGAACCAUUUACUUUGUGUUCUCCACAUGCUGAUUUGAUUAACCCAUCUUCUGUGCAUUCCCUUACUUUGCUGGAGUUGGUUUCUAUCCUAAAGGUGGAUAUUCCAGUUCCAUGGGUAGGAAGUCAGGAGUCAGGCCUACAUUUUCAUUACAGUCAGGUUUCUAAGAACCUGUCAUUAUGUAAAAUGUUAAGAUAUCACAACAAAUUACAUCAUUGAUCCCCUCUGGUGUCAUGCCCUUGUCACAAAACCUUUUCUCGUACCUCUAGAUCUCUUUAUGGUCAGUAGAUAAUCUGUGUGAGCAUAAAUUGCUAACCUUAUCAUCUAUGGUUUAAAGAUAUUGUAGCUGUACAUAGAACAAUAACUAUAUCUCAGUCCAAGAGCAGCAGCAUUCUUGUACUACCAGAUCACUAGUUUAAAUCUCCUCUCUCCAGAAUUACCCAGUGAUUUCAGUUGCACAGUUCGACCAAGGAUUUGUUCUGUCACUAAGGUGUUGAGCCAUGUAUCCAAAUGUUCCUUUGGGAUUGAUGUCACACUUUGACUGAUGUUGGUCUCUUACAGGCUGGGAAGCCAACAUACAGCCCUUCCAGUUUGCAGUUAUUGCAUGGAACUUAAACUACUUGCAGUUUUUUUUAAUAAAAACCAGAAUUGUCAGCUCUAAGAACUGAUGUUCCAUCAGCUUUCCAUGAUUGAUCUAGUGCCUAGACUGUUCUUUCCUUGAAUUAUUUUCUUUUUCAAGGAUUUGUGAAAUCCAUUUACAAGAGAAAGUUGACCAUUCAGCUAUCACCAAGCAAGUCAGAAGUAAAAUGUAGAUUUCAAUGCACAACUGGAUAAAACCUGGCCUAUGUCUAUAAAAAUAGAAAAUGUACAACUUAACAAGCAAUUCUUUAGAGUAUUCUGUUAUUGCCACCGUGUGGAUAGAAAAUUAUAUGAACUCCACUAGAUCUACUUCAGUAACCUGGGCUAGCCUUGAGGUCACUUUAUACAAUAUGUGCAGAGCUGCCUAAUCAGUUAACUGGCAUAAUCAAGAAGAUCCUACAAAUCAUCGAAUGUCCUGAAAGAUGUUGUCUAGACUGCGAGGAGUUCCAUCAUCUUGGGCACUGCUAGGUCAGGCUUUUGUAUGUUAUGGGUUUCAUUAUAAGGAAAGCCAUUCGAUUACCUAUUUGGCAAUCUGCCCUUCCUUUUGCUUAAAAGCACCUCCAUGUUUCAGAAUCCCACUCAACGAAUUCUGUCCUUGGGAGUUGCUGCAGGUAAUCGUCGUUAGUGUUUUGUUUUCCAUUUUCGGCUGCAAAAAUUAUCUAAUUUGUCAGCUUGUGUAAAACCUUUUAUAUUUUUGGUAGGGAAACGAGUGAAAUCCUAAUGUCAUUGCAUAAUGACCUUCUGUUAAAAGUCUUGUAUGGAUUGUAUUCCUGCUGGGAACCUUGGCUCACUCCUGUGGUUUGUGGUGGAUGCUUCUGUUCAAAGACUGAAGGGCCCUUACAAGAUAGGCAAUGUAAAUUUCAGAAGCCUGUCAGGUUGUUUGUCGUCUUAUUAUGUAGUCACAUGACUUUGUUUCAUCCAUGAUUAACACAGUAUAAACUUAUUUUGAUAUGGUAAUCCACAUUUAUUUUUCAUCUAUACUGUCAGCCAGCUGUAAACCAAAAAUAAAACUACUCUGCAUUGCAGGCUGCAACAUUUAUUUUAAAACCUUUACAGUUCAAAGCUAUUUUAGUAGUGAAAUGAUUUAUAAAAGAUGUUUUCUAAUCUACACAGCUUGACCAUGUUCAAAUGAUCAUAUUUGGAACUUGCAGCAGCAAAAUCUAACUUUCUAACUUUUGCUGUUGUGUAAUGUUCUGCCAAAUGUUUCCUUUGGUUUAAAUUCACAUUAUCUCACUAUGCAAUUGAUGCAAAAUACCAGCCUGUUGGUCCAUUUCAAAGAUGAGGCUUUACUCGGCUGCUCAUUUAAAAACAAAAAAACAAAAUCCAUUUGCACAACAGCUAUUUGCUUUCUAUGGCUGAACCUCUUUUUUAAAUGGACUGGCCAUCCAAUUUUCCCCUUGUGUUGUAAUGUCAGUCAUUUUGCCCUUCUGCAUUUGAGUUUACGCCAAAGCACUGCAACAGUUUGCCAAGUUAUCCUUUGGAGAAUUGAUAUGUUUAUAAUAUUAAGCACAUACUCAUACAAAUCUUUUAACAAAUUUCUGGCAAGGUCUUUAAAAAAAAUGCAUGCGUACACUAAUGCUGUUGUGCUAGACAUUACAUGUGUUCAUUCAGUUGGAAGACAUCUUUAUCUGAUUUGUGUGAUAACCAGUUUAUCUUCAUUCCUCUCUCCCUCAAUUGGAAUCAAAAGCAUCCUUAAAAUCAUUCCUAUUUUCAUCUGCAUUUGGACAUUAUAGAAUUAAAAGUUAAUGUAAAAUUGGUAUGGUACAUUUGUAGAGGCUUUUUGUUUUGAAAGUUAAACCUAGUUAAUUCAGACUGUCCAUGCGUUUAGGACACCCAGGAGGAAAUUGUUCUGGAUGUACUUAGGGUUGGCGGGGGGGAUGCACCAGAGCAACCUUUCAGCCCCAAGACAUUGACAUUCAAUGGCCUUUGUUUUCCUAUUGCUCACCUUUUCUCUGCUUCAUUUUAUCUUUUGAAAUUUUUAUUUUGUAACAAGUGAUCUGCAGUACUGCUUAAGAUCUCUUGUAGAGCAAAAAUUGCCAGCAGAUGUUUUACCAGAUACUCUGACAGCAUAAAUUAAAGUUGUUUGCUUUCCUUACUCUUCAAUAAAAAGAAUAAAAUUAAGCCAUGGGCAGCACAGUGAUGGUAUUAAGCCAAUGCACAGAAGUGAAUUUUUGAGACGAGAUAAACAAAAAAAUUUGGACUGGUCGUAUGUUUCACUUUAAAUUUGUUUUUUUUUGUUUAUAUCUAUGUGCUGUAUUUAGCACUAAAUUUGACCAGGAAAUAGUUCUGAAACUAUUAUGGUUGUGGUUGAAAGAAAAAUUAAAUCACUCAAAUUGUUCAUUUUUAUAAAGUUAGAUGUGAUUUACAUAGUUGCUGUUGCUUAACUGAUAAAUAUGUUGCAGCUUGUAUUAAGAUUAAAAAUGGUAAAUACCAUAUUUUCUAACUCGUACUGUCCUUAAUUUUGGAUGUAAAGCAUUCUUUGCUUAGUAAUAUGUUUUUGUAUCAGACGUACCCUAGUUGAAUAGCAAAAGGAGAGCCCUAAAACCAUCAUUUGCUGUUGAAUUCAAACAGCUUUGAAGAUGUAACAGUCUUGCUUGCUUUCUAUAUAUUUUAGAAAUUGUUUCAACUGUAUUUAUUCACUACCGUAAAUACCGUAGAACUGAUGCAACUUCUUCCCAUAGGGAUCAUCGUGUGUAAAAUAAACUCUGGCAGUGUGUUUUAAUAGAAAUUGUAGUGAAUGAAUAAGUACGCACACUGUUGUGUUGUUACCUUUGCAAGUGGUAUCAAAACAUUGAAAUUUUAAUAUUUAAUAUUCAAUAAAAAGGACAAAAUGGAAAA